CAAGGGAACCUAAUCUCCCAUCAUGAUCCCGCAUCGUCCCUGAGUAUUUCGAUUCCAUGCUACAACAAGAUAUCUUUGAUCCUGAAGCAUAUCAUUUUGUCAAGGGCGAAGUCAAGUACUCGACGGAUCUGACGAAUGGGCUCAAAAUGCGGACUGUUCUGGGCAAGGAUGUGACGGUUACAAGGCUGAAUGGAUCCAUCUAUAUCAAUGCCGCCAAAGUCAUUGAUCCUGACUAUAUGAUCACGACUGGCGUGUUGCAUCUGAUCGACAACGCCAUGGAUCCGAACGACACGGAUGCAAGACCCGAGGUAGCCAACACUACCGGCCUCAGCUACGAGCUCGUCACAUCCCACUUCCGCCCUAAGUGUAGGGGCCAAGGCUGGAAUAGCUAUCGGCGCCGCUCUUGGGACCAUAGUCCUUCUCGGGUUGGCAGUAUUCUUCUCGAAGCGGCGAAGGAGAGCAACCAAGAAGAAGUCAAUCCACCAGCUCGACUCGACUGAGAAGAAUGACGGACCUGUCGAGCUGCACGGAACAGAAAGUCACCGUUCGGAGCUGCCAGAAAAGCCAAACGAUCAGCCAUAUGAAAUGGAUGCUGGGCUGCCUGCUGGGAGUGAGCUGAGUGAUGGUACAGAACGAACCCGUUGAGUGGCUUUCUAUACUCUUACUUCUUUCUCGACCGUUCUCCACUCAGGCCGGUACUUGCGGUCAAUACCAUUGUCGCUGAAAGGAAAGCAUUUACUGCCGAUCGGCGGCACGCCUUCCUGGCCCCAAAAGACAGACUAACCUAUGCGAAGUUUGGACCGCACAGAUAGGAUUUGUAUUUGGAUUCAGGGGUUGGCAUGUCCAACACAAU